GAUCAACACCGAAGGCACAGACACACAGCCACCCCGGUCACCAGUAAGGAGAAGCUGAGCAGAAGCUAAGUGUUAGUUACUGGAUUUUGAUCGGUUGACGCUGCGCUGGCAGGUUUCUCGAAUCCCAGCAAUGAGGAAACGCCUGAUCCAAGUAUUCGGCUUCUUGAUCUCGUCACUGGGAUGGCUGUUCGUGCUGUGCACCUUGGCGAUGGACUACUGGAGGAUCACCCAGCUCGGAGGACAAGGAGGCUCCUUCAUCAUCAGGGUGGCCUGGUACUGGUCCAACCUGUGGAAGGACUGUUUCACUGACUCCACCGCUGUCACCAACUGCAGGGACUUCCCAGUGCUCUGGACUGUCACUCCUUACAUCCAGGGGGUGAGGGGACUGCUGAUGUGCGGUGUGACCCUCGGAUUCGUCGCCGUGGUGCUUUGCUUUGUUGGGAUGGAGUGCACUUUCAUCGGCGGAGCCGAAAAAACCAAAGACAAGCUGCUCUUUAGCGGAGCGGUGUUUCACUUGGCUGGCGGUGUGUCAGACAUCGCUGCCUACUGCUUAUACAUCAACAGAGUUGCCAGAACAACCUUUGCUCAGAGUGUGGGGCCAGGAGUCUUACGGUAUGACUUAGGUCCUCCCCUAUUUCUAGGAUUGGUGGGAAGCUUUUUAAUCAUGUUGGGGGCUCUGCUUUAUGCUGUGACAGUCUUCCGAGUAAUGUGCCGUGAAAGUAACGUGGCGGAAAUCUAUGGAGGAGGCACAUACAUGGCCCCUGCCUCAAGAGGAAGAACCCUUUACACCGGAUACUACGGACCCUCCGGGCUGUACGGCUCUUAUUUAUCAGGGGGAUCCAGCAGCUCCAAGAUAUCAAAGCUGUCCCAGGCAACGCCAACGAAUAUUUCAGAAAGAGAUGCAUUUGUGUAGAAACCGAAAUCUUCUUGUGAUAUUUUAAUACAGCCGGACGUAAUGUCUCCAAAUCUGUAGAAUCGCCAUAGUUCACACUGUAGAUUGUACGAAAAUGCUUUUUUUGUGUUGCUGUUGCCUUUGUCAUGUUUUUUUUUUCUUUUUUUUUUGUACAACAUGUUAGACUCUGUAUGAAACUGUCUUGUGUUUACUCUUAAUGGAUGUAUGUUGCAUGAUUUAACCAAAGUAUGUAUCAGAUUUAAGAUUGCACUGCACUGCGAUACUGCAAUACCAAUGAUAAUGACCUGUAAACUGAUAAUUAAAAGACUUUUUACCUA